CUGCCGCGACGUUUCGGUUUGCGUUACACCGCCUGCGUUAUCAACGCCAUCCGAACUCGGCUCUCUUGUCGCCACCGCAUACCAAAAUCCUGAUUCUAAUCCUAAACCCUAGCGAGAAACAUCGAGCUCCAGGCGUAAGAAAGCGGAGAAAGAAUGCGUCCACGGCAGGCGGAAAGAUCCAGAACAAGGAUGGUGGCGGAGGUCGUCACGUCCGUUGUGGAUCUCGAGCUCGGCACCCACAUGGUCCUCUGGCUCAAUCGAUGAGUCCAUCCCGCACACCAUUCCCCUCAAGGUGCUAUCUUUCUGUAGGUUGUUUGCCCUAACCUUUUGGCAAAGAUUAGGAUCCGUGGGUGAAUUUGGUCUGGGUUGCUCAAUUGCGUCGAGGUUUUGUUAUUACUGUGUUCUCCCAAUUUAUUUCGUUGAUUCUGAUAUCUUCUCAACUUGGAGAAGAAAGCUUCUUGGUAUUUGAGCUGUGUGUGGUUAAAAUUCCAUUUAUUGAGUUUCAAGUCAUGGUUUUCAUGUAACUGAGCUUCUCAAUUUGGAAUUCGUAGGUUCUUGGUACUCCAGCUAUUUUCCAUCUUUCGAGUUGAAGUCAUGGUUUUUACGUAACCAAGACUUUGUUUUAGGAAAUUAAACGGAUCAUUUUUUUUCCACGCUCAAAAUGAUACAAACAACUCAGACCCCGAAGUCUCAAACUAAAACAAGAAAAAAAACAGUUUUUUUUUUAGACACUUCUAAACCGAAUUAAGAAGCCAUGGGUUGUAGGAAUCUACUUGGUAUUCAGGGGUGAGAGGUUUGCUCUUGUUAGAAUGUUUAGAUGGGUGUUGUGAUUUAAGGUUUGUGUAUGUAAACUUUAGUGCCUUGGGAUUGAUUUUGAGAAUCUUUCAAAUAGAAAUAGUCAAGUUACCUGGGUUUAAUAAAAAACAAUAUAUGACUGUUCUUGGUCAUGAUAUAAAAGGUCCUGAUAUUCUGGACCAAGUCUAGUCUAGCGAUGUAUAAUUUUUCUUGAUAUGGAUCUAGCCCAAACCAGACCCAACCCAUGAACAGGUCUUUACUCAGUGAAAUCUGUGGUUUCUUACUCUGCCACCUUUUUUAACCUCAGGUACCCCUCUAUCUAGUGUGUAUUCCCAAAUCUUCGAUAUAAUGAUAGUGUUAGAUGCACUUGUUUACGUUGAGAGGCAUGUUCGGAAAAUGCAUGAAUUACAUGCUUUCCGAAAUGAUCCUUGUUAGAGAAUUGCUGUUGUACAUCUGGAACAGUCCAUUGAUCAUGUUCAAGUGAGAAGAAGUAUCUGCAUGAACUUCAAUUGGAUCAAUAAGUAUGGAGACUUGGAUUGUGGCAAGUACUUGUAACAUGAUCCAACUGUCAUCAGCUAUACUCUAGAUCAUGGAGAAAAUAAUUGUCAGCUGUAUUUAUCUUAGUUGUCUUUGAAUUGACUGUUCUCCGGGCCAUGUGUGGGUAAUGGUUCUAGUGUUCUAUCAAUCAUCACAAAAUAUUUGAUAGGUAUGCAGCUACUAUAUGUACCUUCACAUUCUAUAGCAAUCUUAUUUUGGGAGUGUCUUCUAUAUAGGCUGACAGUGUAGCUUUGUAUGUGCCGUCUCGAUGAGCCUUCAUAAUUGAAAGUUUGGUCAAGUAAGCUUGUCUUUUUUUGCAGAAACUAUAGGUAUUUCUUGCCAACCUCUUUAGAAGCUCUUUUCUCUGUUCAAACCAACUGUUUGAUUUCUGAUUCUCAGUAUACGACAGUAGCUGCUAUGACCAUUAUGAUGGAAUCAGUCAAAUCUGUAGCAUAGUGAAGAACCUCUUGAAGAUUCCUAGAGGAGAAAGAGAUGUAAGAUAUAUUCAACCACUACUAUAUAAAGAAUCAUGGUUGAUACAGCUGUGGAUUGUGUAACAAGAUGAGUGGUUGGAUUUUAACAAAGUGGUUCAUAAAUAUGAAGAUGUGGAAAUACUACUUGUGGACUGUCGAUGUACGCCAUCAUUUACUGAGAUGCAGAUCCAUCGUGGAGGCAUACAAGUUGAAUAUUUUUGAGGGAAAUGUUACUUCCCUUUGAACAUUUUGUUUUCUGUCACAUAAUCAAUGCACAAUUAGUGUGAACUCAAUUAGAAAAAAAGAAUGUCUAUUAUACCAAGAAUUUCAGUUGGACCGAGUUUCAUGUAUUUGAUCUAAUUAUUGAAUAAAUGACUAAUAUUGCAGUUUUUAAGAGAUGCAGUGAAAAAGGAGAACAGUGGAAGAGCUAGACCCUUGGCUUGGAAUUGCAAUUACUUCUGACCAUGGGCUCUGAGGUAUAUUGAAAUUUCUGCCCUAACAAGCGUCACCUUUGUCUACUGCUGCAACUGGGGUCAUUGAUGAAAUUGUGGAGCAAGACAUAGUUGAAUGAAUGUGGUGCCAUACCGAGGAACUGGAUCCACGUUGCCAUUAAGAAACACAGUGCAGGUUGUCAUUGUUGCAGAGAUGGUCAGUGGUUCUUCGUCUUUGCUGAUCUGCACCGCACCCCCCCAGAAUGAUACACUCAAGGCAACGCGGUCAUUUGUGUUGAAACCAGGAUGCCGACUGCCGGCCCCUUCGAUUCAACAGCUGACCCGCCAGUUGCAGACCUUAACCUGCACGUGAGUGCACAAUGAGCGUCGCCAUCUGGGUAAUGACGGGACGAUGAAACAUCACCUAAUCUUCUGUCCUCAUACUGUGUGUUGUCCGUAGUCACAAUCAUGCAGCAGCUGCCUCAUGGUUGGAUCAUGAGGAGCUGUAUCGAAGCAGGACGUGAUCGCACGACAGAUGCAGGCGAUCGCCUCCACCGCUGAAGUGACUGCUGUGUCCACGCAGAUGCAGCAUCUCGUACCGUGCCCUCCUGCACAUGUAAUUCCAGUUGCAAGCACUAAACGUAAAUAUUAUCACCAAGUACACGAACCCCACCAUCAUUGAAAUCGAAAGCUUACGGUCAUGGUGGAGCACACUCUGUACUCUUCUGCUAUCGUGGUUCACUGCCAUUGGCCGGGGGUAAAGGUGUGUCCAUGUGGCCUAAACGUAAAUAUUAUCACCAUGUCUGCCAUGUCGGCCAACUUAAUGGCAUCGACAUCAAACCAAGGUGUCCGGUAAACGAUUUGGAAUCAUCUUAGGGCCCCAUCUCGACGCUACCUCGGCCAUGCAAAUCAUCGUACGGAUUCAACAUCACCAUUACCACAAGGAACUGAUCGUGGCAAUCAUCCUUGCCUCUGUUGCGGUGGUAGCGAUCGUAUCGUCAACAGUUUGUGCCUGGAUUUUUUGGCAAAGGAGCCGCAAAACUCUUAAUUCAGAGGACAUUGAAAGCUCAGAUGCUGGUAGAGGGACACCAUUUGGACCAAUUUUGGGCAAGUUCAAUUCCUCGAAGGUGUCAAAGAAAGAACUGAUGAGUGUGAUUGACUAUGAAUCGUUAGAGUUGGCAACAAACAAAUUCAGCGAGAGUAAUAUCUUGGGGGAAGGUGGAUUCAGUUUUGUUUAUAAAGCUUGCUUCGAUGGUGAAGUCUUUGCUGCAGUGAAGAGAUUAUCUGGUGGGGGACAGGAUUGCGAAAGAGAAUUCGAGAAUGAGCUGGAUUUGCUUAGAAGAAUUUGUCAUCCGAACAUAGUAUCUCUUCUUGGUUAUUGUGUGCAUGAGGAUGCUCGGUUUCUUGUAUAUGAAUUGAUGCAAAAAGGAUCUCUGGAAGCACAACUUCAUGGACCAACUCAUGGAUCAGCUUUAACAUGGCAUAUUCGAGUAAAAAUUGCCCUUGAUAUAGCAAGAGGAUUAGAAUAUCUUCAUGAGCACUGCAACCCUCCAGUGAUUCAUAGGGAUCUUAAGUGCUCCAAUAUUCUUCUGGAUUCAGACUUCAAUGCAAAGAUUUCAGAUUUUGGCCUUGCGGUGACUGUCGGGAACCAUAACAAAGGUGGCAUAAAGCUUUCAGGCACUGUCGGCUAUGUAGCUCCAGAGUAUCUAUUGGAUGGUAAGCUCACCGAGAAGAGUGAUGUUUAUGCGUUUGGAGUUGUUUUGCUGGAGCUUCUGAUGGGUAGAAAGCCGGUUGAGAAAACUGCACCAUCGCAAUGCCAAUCACUUGUCACAUGGGCUAUGCCUCAGCUCACUGACAGAUCAAGGCUUCCGAAUAUAGUUGAUCCAGUGAUCAGGAACAAAAUGGAUCUGAAACACCUAUAUCAAGUUGCCGCUGUAGCUGUACUGUGUGUGCAGCGAGAACCAAGUUACAGGCCACUGAUAACUGAUGUGCUUCACUCUCUCAUUCCUCUCGUUCCUACUGAACUCGGGGGUACGUUGAGAGUCACCGAGCCAUUAUCAUGUGUGAAUCAAAAAUCUUCUGCUCACUAAUCACACAAAGUAUGACAAUCACCUUAGCAAGCUUGUUAGUAGCACCGAAGGCUACACUUUUCUCUUGUUGAUGCCCUUAUAUUUUUUUUUCUGUUCACUUGCAUAAGCGAGCAUCGUGUAUAACUUUUAAAUGAAUUUAGUCACUGGUAGAAUUGAGAUGAAA